AUGAGUCACUUUUACCGAGAUCUUCCUGAUGGCCACAUUCGCGUCCUAACCAUUCACCCCGGGAAUGAAACAACACCACUCUCAGGCGUUCUCAGAUCAGUACCGCUUGCAUCGGCCCCCGAUUUCGAGGCGGUGUCUUAUGCCUGGGGCAACGAAGACUUCACCGACACACUGGAUGUCGUCUUCAGUACGGAGUCGACGUCGGGCGGAAAGGAACUUACCGGCCGCAUCCCGAUAACACCCAAUGUCACGUCUCUCUUGCGCUCCCUCCGCUAUCGCAACGAGCCUCGCGUUCUGUGGAUCGACGCCAUCUGCAUCAACCAAACCAAUGUCUCUGAGAGGAGCGCGCAGGUGCAGCAGAUGCGGCAGAUCUACAGCUGCGCGCAACGCGUUAUCAUCUGGCUGGGUUUAGCGACUGAAGAUGGUGAAAGUGAUCAUGCUUUCCGUUUCCUUCGGAGAAUGGGAACAUACAAAAAGCGUCACGAGCCGCGUGAUUACAUGAAUUAUGUUCCGGAUGAGGUCUCGGAGUUCAGCGACGACGGGUCUUUGAGUCUCAGUGACCUAGAACGUGUGAGCGACGUCGACGGAGCUAAUUGCGACGAAGAAGAUGAAGGGUCUCAAAGCUCAUUCCCAGCUUCCCCUUCCGAUGAGAGUGAUCUCGAGUCUGCUGGGUUGCUUGAACACGAAGAACAGACCUGGGAUUCUUCUUCGAAGUCUUUACAGGGCGACCCUCUAGCACUCGGUAAUCCCGAAUGCAAGAGCGAUAUCGAAGCAGGUCACAGUCACGACAAAGAAGGAGAAUUCUCAGGUUUAUUCGUCAUUGCUUCGGACGAUGAAUCAAAGCCCCUAUCCGCGACAACGGAGCCCCACGAACCUAUCGUUCUGACUUUCGCGCCACUCGCCAGCUUGGGCUUCAAGGCUUAUCGGGACCAGGAGAGUAUGAGCUUCUCGGAGCAGCUGCGGGUGCGCUGGAAGCAGAACCAAGCUGUCAUUGGCGAUUCUCCCUAUUUCGGAGGAUCCAUGGACUUUGCGCGUGUUUUCGGACACGGAUACGCGGCCUGCGCUGACGAGAAGGCUGUUGCCUGGUUUGGAAACGACCUUACGACACUUCAUACUCACGCUGUCCUCAUUGACGAGAUUAGUAGUUGGUGCGGUAUACCUCAAGGUUCCGGUCCAAUCGAGGUCGAGUCCGUCAUCGAUAAUGCCUGUGCCAUUGCACAUCAUGCUCUUCAAGGGGCAACACAGUACUGGUGGAUGGAGGAUGAAAGGGAGAAGAAUGAGGUACGAGAGCAGUUGGUCGGCCAGUUAUGGGGGAAUGAAACGGGGGAGUAUGAAUCCCAAGCGCGAGAGAUUGCAUUGCAAGUCAUCAUCGAGAAAGUCUUGUGCGCGGGUUCUGCGGCCGCAAGUACUGUUGCUCAAGUCGUUCAAAACGUCAUGCCACUUCGGCGAUUCUUCGUCACAAAGGGGGAAAGAUACUUGGGCAUUGGUCCUGCUUCAGCACGUCCAGGUGACAAAGUUUUCGUCAUAGCUGGGUGUAACUUUCCUCUCAUUCUCAGAGAGAUUGCUGAUGAGAACGGCGAUGGGACUGGGGAGUUCGAACUUGUCGGGGAAUCCUACGUUCACGGUAUCAUGGCUGGAGAGGCAAUCUCAAGGAUGAAGGAAACAGCAUGGUGGGAGGGCGUUGUUCGUUGGCUUUUCCCCAAGACUGUGAAAUGGACAAAGAUCGUGAUCCGUUAG